CUUUUGUCUCUCCUAAAGUCGGUUAUACAUUUAUCCAUUAUGCCUCUCCCGAAAUAUGCUGUCCAGCCUGUACGCAUAAGUCAUGUAAGCGUCCCGAGUUUUGUACAAAACGAGCUUGAGUACGUGGCAAACGCUACGUUCUCAAAUUUGAUGCGCCAAAUGUCAUCUAUUAGUCAAAUGGCUGGUGAUAUGUUUAAGGAACUAACUUCGGAAUUAUCCUUACUUGCUGAAAGGACUAUGAAGCUUAAGAGUAGAAUAGUUCAGCUACAUGAAGAUAUACAUGUCCUGAAGAAUUUUGAUGAAGACUUAUCGGUUGGAGUACAAAAUUUAUCAAUGGAGCCUUACGUUAGUGAUAAGCCAUCUGAUAGUCAAGUUUUGGCUCAUACGACACUACCUCCAUCGAUGGAAAUACGCUACUCCAAUGCAGAUCCUCCUCCAGCCUUUCAUACGAUAGAUUGUCUUCGUGAUGACGGAAAGAUCAGCAUGAAACUUUAUUCAGAUCCCAGUUUUUUCUUCGAUCUCUGGAGCGAAGAAAUGUUACAAGAAACCAAGUCCAAAAAAGUGGCCAAGAAAAAG